AUUACAAAUGUCUCGAAUAUUAAAUCAUUUUUGCGUUUUACUAUUCUUUGAUAUAAUCGCUGCUGAAGAUGUCUAUGUUACAACCAAGUAUGGGAAGUUAGUAGGCAACCGAUACAAUAUCAGUCACGAUUGGGCAAUUGAUACUUUCUUAGGAAUACCUUAUGGAGCUCCACCUACAGGGUCUUUAAGAUGGAAGAAAUCAGUGCCAGUAAAGCCAUGGACAGGUGUGAAGUCUGCACAGAACGCUGGAAAUAUCUGCUGGCAAAGCGGGAGUGAUUCAUGGUUUCCUAGAACGACCACUUUUACACAGUCUGAGGAUUGUCUCAACUUAAACGUGUAUACACCGAGGAAAACCAAUUCAUCCUUAAUACCAGUAAUGGUGUAUAUUCAUGGUGGAGCAUUUGUUCGUGGUUCUGGUUUGGAGCGUAUUGGAAAACAACUUGCAAUAAAAGAUGUCGUGGUCGUUACUCUAAACUAUAGACUAGGUCCUCUGGGUUUCCUAUCAACUGAAGAUCAGGCUGCUCCGGGUAAUUUUGGUUUAUUAGAUCAACUACUCGCUCUACAAUGGGUACAGGAUUGCAUUGGUGGUUUUAGUGGUGAUGCUGGUAGAGUAACUGUAUUUGGUUUCAGUGCUGGAGCUGCUAGCAUUUCAUUACUUUUAACCUCACCAUUAUCAAAAG